UGUAUAUUUGUUUGUGACAUUGACAAAUUGUCCGGCACUGUCUGGUUUGUCAAAAGGUUUUCUAGUUUUAUUUUGUGUUUACAUUUAUUUUGAUGGAAUCGUCGAAGGAUAAUGUGAACGAUUCGUGCGAUAACACUGAUGGGCAGAAUUAUAGUAACAUUUCAGUCAAAAUUUACGAUGAAAAGAGCGUCGGUGGUGCUGAUGAGGUCCCAACAGUAACUACGAACAAUCUAAAUGAAUUGAAAGUUUUGGAUUUUUAUUCGGCUGAUGAUGUCAGACAGUCAAUUAAAUCGGUGUUAGCUGGCAAGGGGCUGUACAAAAGCGAUGAAAUACCACUACCAAAAAUAAAAGAAAACACAAUUCAACCAAUAUCGAAAGAGCGCAAAGAGCUACACAAAGAGGAUACUUUAAUAAAUAGUCAAGUUGAAAAUAAUGUUAAAGAGGUAACACCCAGUGUAAAUAAUGAUAUUCAGGUUCAAGAAAAUGGAAGAAAACGACGCGGUAGACCAAUAAAACCAGGACCCUCUAAGAAUCCAGCUAAACGGUACAAAAUAGAAGAUUUCUAUGUCGGAAAACUUUCCAAUUUCGUUCAUUACAAGCGUAAAGGCGACUCGGAGAGUGAUUUUGAUUCUGAAUCUGGUGUUUUGUACUAAUCUAACACAAUUAACUUAAAAAAUAUUAAAUGUUUCUGUUUUCGUAUUUUAAUUUA